UAUUGUUUGUUGUCUGCGCUUUUGUUUAUAUCUUUAAUUCACAUUAUAGGUUAUGUUGAAUUGUGUACUUAAUAGAAGUAUUACACGAAUUAAAUAUCUAAAAGCUGUAGAAGAUGUUUACUUUGUUCAAAUUGGUCAGACACUUACAUCCAGAGAAGAUCAAAAUAGGAUUACAAAGCUUUAACAAAGUUCAGAAAUAUGGUAUCAGAGCAGUGGCAACUGUGCUUGUCCACUGUGCUUCAAAAAAUGAAGAUAAGAAGAAAUCCAUUGAGUUCCCUGACUCAAACAAUCUAACUCAUGAGAAGCUGAUCCAACAAGCAUGUACAGCCACUGUGAACUCAACUUGUCAAUUGCUAACCUGUACCUUAGUUGCUCUAGUGGAUAUAGCUCAAAAAUACAAGAAAAGUCUUAUGGACCAAAUGAGUUUGAUGGAAGAGAGUUUAACCAACUUGGACAAUGAUUCUUUGCAAGAAGAACUUACUGACUUAAUAACAGCAAUACGCAGUGAAGUUGAUACUUUCAGGAGAAACUAUAUGGAAUUGAAUUCUUUGAUGGAGUAUGUGGAAAAACUGGUGAAUUCAGCCACAGAAACAUCCUUCCUGGCAGGUGCUGAGACAGCAUGUAACGCCCUCAGUGAGAGAUUGUACUCUGCUAAGACUGUGAUAGAUGAUCAGGACAAAUGUAUAAAGAAGUUAGAGCAAGAUUUGGUUCGGCUGCAAGAGGCAAUCAUUAAUCAAUCCUCUAAACGUAAACAACCAAAGGAUGAUAGUGAUAGAGAACCUCAGAAAAAUCAAAAAUUCACAGUGGCAGGACUACUGUUGAAUGGUGAAUGGCGUGCAACAUGUUCUUCAAAGAAGACCCAUCUAUGUGCACCAAGAUACUGCCAUACACCAGGCAUCUACCAUGUUGAUCCAGGGAAGGUAUAAUGAGACACAGUUCCUCAACCGUGUGACUUAUUAAACCUUGUGGUUAGCCGACACAGUGAGAGCGCGAGUGCGGCUGGUGGCAACCCCUGGCAAUGAUGGGCGCCGUAUCAGAGCAGCAGAACCCGUCAUGUUACUGCCACCUCUGCAAGCUGCUGAAUAUUAAUCCUCCUGUCCCUGUGGUAUGUACACUUACUUUUAUCAUUAUUUAUUUAUUAUUUUAAUUAUAAUAAUAUAAAUAAGAAUUUACAAAAAUUUUAAAUUUCAUAUUGGCUUUAAAGGUUUAUUAUAUUUAAAGAAAAGUAGUAAAACUAGGACCUCUUUCUAUUCCUGGCAUGCUUUUGCAAGUUUUAAAGCUAAUUCAUACCCAUUCCAUUGUAUAUUACAGAUAAAGCCUCAAGCGAUCCUUCCCGCUAUAGGAAUGGAACCUCCACCUCCUGUUGCAGUAGUCACCUCACCACCUCUGCCUCCUGAAAUGCGAGUGAAUACCCCUGCUGUUGUGCAACCAUCUAUCUCAGGCUGAAAACCCCCUGUUGCAGCACCUAAGGAUCCUGGAAGCCACUGCGUAAUAUGUCUGAUGGAUUGUGCUUCACACAUGGUCAUCCUUAUGGCCAUUUGUCUUUGUGCGCUGAAUGCACAGGCAGACUACCUACCUUCCAGGCCAUCCCUCAGUGUCCUUUGUGGAGAUACAAUAGCACAGAAAUGUAUAGAUCCUUUUGAUGGCCAAAAUAGUCUUCUCUUUAUUAAUAAUUUGUGGUGUGGUUUAUUAUUAAAAUAUUUAACAAUUUCA